CGGAGAAGAAAAAGAUUGCACGUAUAAAAUACUACCGACCGGAGCCUAGGGGCUCACACUUGCAGGACCCGGCGUUUAAGGACGGACAUAAAAGGCGGAUAUCAGUGGUCAUUGCGACAAGUGGGUAGAGUUUCCCAGUUCAUCACUCUGCACAAUGAAAAUUCACCUAGUAUUGCCCCUCUUGGGGCUUUUCUCUUGUGCACACGCAGACUUCUUCACCUCAAUUGGUCACAUGAUAGAUUUGCUAAACACAGAAAAGGACUUGGUUACGUCACUGAAAGAUUAUAUUAAGGCAGAGGAGCAGAAAUUGGCACAGAUCAAAAAAUGGGCAGAUAAAUUAGAUCAUCUGACAGACACUGCAACAAAGGACCCAGAGGGAUACUUGGGACAUCCAGUGAAUGCCUUCAAGCUGAUGAAGAGGCUCAACACAGAAUGGGUUAAAUUAGAGAAUCUGAUACUUAAAGAUAUAUCUGAUGGAUUUAUCUCUAACUUAACUAUUCAGCGCCAGUAUUUCCCAAAUGAUGAGGACCAGACUGGUGCUGCCAAAGCUCUACUUCGUUUGCAGGACACUUAUAACCUUGACACAGAUACUAUCUCUAAGGGAAACCUUCCAGGUGUUAAGCACAAAACAUCAUUAACAGCUGAAGACUGUUUUGAUUUGGGUAAAACUGCUUACACAGAUGCUGACUACUACCACACUGAGCUAUGGAUGGAGCAAGCUUUGAGCCAGUUGGAUGCAGGAGAAGAGUCUUCUCUUGACAAGGUCAUGGUCCUAGAUUAUCUUAGUUAUGCUGUGUACCAACAAGGGGACUUGGACAAAGCGCUGACCCUAACCAAGCGGUCACUAGAGCUGGAUCCUGAACAUCAAAGAGGGAAUGGGAAUCUGAGACAUAUCAUGUCAAAAGAAAGUAAUAAAUCUAGCUCUAGCCCUUCCGAGGGUGCAGAACUCAGAACAAGGAAAGGUCGGCCCAAAGAUCACCUUGAGAAAGAAAAAUAUGAGAAGCUGUGCCGUGGAGAGGGUGUCAAAAUGACUUCCCGCCGACAAAAGAGACUUUUCUGUCGGUAUUUUGAUGGUAAAAAAGAUCCAUUGCUCAUCCUGUCUCCCACAAAGCAAGAAGAUGAAUGGGACAAGCCACGCAUUGUGCGCUACCAUGAUAUUAUUUCUGAUGAAGAGAUUUCAAAGGUUAAGGAGUUGGCAAAGCCAAGACUGAGGCGAGCCACUAUUUCAAACCCUAUCACAGGAGUCCUGGAGACAGCUCAAUACAGAAUUACCAAAAGUGCCUGGCUGUCUGGGUAUGAAGAUCCAGUGGUCGCACGUCUCAACCGAAGAAUCGAAGGAGUAACAGGACUGGACAUGUCCACAGCAGAAGAAUUACAGGUGGCCAAUUAUGGAAUUGGAGGUCAGUAUGAGCCCCACUUUGAUUUUUUAAGGAAAUAUGAGCCAGAUGCCUUUAAAAAACUUGGAACAGGCAACAGAGUUGCUACUUGGCUAUUUUAUAUGAGCGAUGUGGAAGCAGGUGGCGCUACAGUAUUUCCAGAAGUAGGCGCAGCUGUAUAUCCCAAAAAGGGGACAGCGGUCUUCUGGUACAAUCUUCUUGAGAGCGGUGAAGGUGAUUACAGCACAAGGCAUGCAGCCUGCCCUGUAUUAGUUGGAAAUAAAUGGGUGUCCAAUAAAUGGAUACAUGAGCGGGGUCAGGAGUUCCGAAGGCCGUGUAAUUUAUCAGAGUUGGAAUGAUACAAGCUUUUUUUUUAUCUGGGAAAAACAUUUUUGCAUUCUUCAAACUUCCCAUCCGUUCAAAGUUUGCACAGUUUUCAAGCAAGUCCACCGUCUACUAGUCCUAAGAACUUUUUGGGGAAAAGACAAUUAUGUAGAAUAAAGAGCCCAAGUCUCCUAUUUUGUGUCCAAAAAUGGAGAAAUGUGUUGGAUACGACUGGAUACGAAAUUUCUUGCUCUGAUCUGUAUUUCUCUAGUGAUAGAAACCUGCUUCUUCUCCAAGAGACUAUUGCUGAAGGGUGCCAGAUAAUUCCAGCUGAAAAGGAAAUAGCAACAAGGACAAGAAUCAGCCAGAAAUUAAUUAUAGCCUCAGGUCUUAUGUGAUGGUCAUUGAGUUACUACUUAAUUAGAAAAAUGAAAUGUUUAAAUUUCUUUCUAAAUUG